AUGAACUCGGUGGUUGUUGCUAUGAUCGCUGUUUGGUGUUCGGUAGCCGUUGUGGCUGUGGUAGUAGGUCUUCUAUGCAGGGCGCGAGGUUAUAAUGGCAGACCUGGCCGUCUGUCCGGUGGCCAUGGGGGUAUGGGCGGAGGGGUUGUCGACGUUGGUGGUGGAGGAGGAGAUUUUGGAGGUGGGGUAGUCGACGUUGGUGGUGGAGGAGGAGGUUGUGACGGUGGCGCUGGCGCUGGCGGAGGAGGCUGUGGUGGUGGAGGUGGAGGUGGAGGUGGCGCUGGCGCUUGCUGA